AUGAAAAUUCUCCGUUUCCCAAUGCUAGUAAUCAAAGACGUCUUGAAAAACAUGGAUUCUAUCGAUUUAAUAAACUUAUCCCUGGCGUCUAAAAAGAUGGGUCACUUGAUUUCUCUAGCAGACACUCAUCGAUUCAAAGUAGACUUGGAACAUUUUCUUAUUAUUUCCAUCAACGAGAAACAAUAUAACAUUCAACUUCCCAAAAAUGUAUCGAGUCGAGUGACCGUAAUGAUAACUAUUGAUAACGCAUGGCCUGCUAGAGAAUGGCUACAUAUUUAUUGGAAUAAGAAAUGGACUGAACUCCUGGUGCAUAUCUUACGAGUCUUCAAGAGUCCUUUAACCACAGUCAAUAGCAAAUCAAUGCCAAAUGGAAAAUUGAUAGAGGCUAUUCAGAUCUUGUCAGCUGAGCAGUGUGAGAUUAAGAAAAUGUAUAUACAUCAAGAUUUGCAAAAGAAAAAGUCACUCAGAAACAUUAUUGAGAGCCUUAAUAUCACGGAGAGGCUUAUAACAACUCGAAUGGGAAAGAUCACUCGAACAGUCAUUGGAGGAGUCCCAAAUCAACGGAGGUAG